GAGGGCCGUAAGUAAAUUAUAUAUGUUGUAGACUCGAGACUCUAGGUUGUCUUUAGGGGGCUAUAACAGUGGUAUAACUGUUUUAAUGUUUUAAUAAAUUAACAGGUCUCAAUCUUAUUCAUGGUCCGGAACCUUUAUUCACCUGUUAACAACAGACUUUUAAUUAGCUUAGAACGUCUAACGUGAACUAAUUAAAAUUAUGAUAUAAUUAAAAGCCAACUUGUUUAGGAAUUGCCUUUUCAUAAAUACACCCAAGUGUCUUGCUAAAGCUUUUUCUCCACUCAGACUUUCUUUCUUCGCGUUUCCAGAAAAAAAGGUACUGUUUUAAAAGUGCCACAUAACCAAACAAUUGUUAGAUUAAGAAGAGGUCAUUUCAAAAUCGAAGUUUUAUUUGAAAAUGCGCGAGAUCAGGAACUUAUCUGUGAAGAUGCUGACGCUAAACUUUUCAACUGCGGUUCCAGUUUUCAACCUUUCAAUAAACGCUUCUAAAGCAAACUCCUUGUGUUUUGAAGAUGCUUCUGUUGUCCGUGCACUCGCUUAUGUUAUCAUACUACUGGUAUCUCUGGCGGGAAACUCCAUGACCAUCGCAGUGGUCUUCAGAGGUAGGCUUCAUAUGAAGAAUGUCCAUUUGUUUCUGCUCAACAUGGCCAUAGCAGACUUGGUUGUCACAGUGGUGUAUAUGCCAAGAAUGGUGGUGAUGAUGUUGUAUGGUAACUCGUGGCUUGUUACAGGAACAUUUGGUCUGAUUCUAUGCCGAACUGUACCAUUCCUACAUCACAUGUCCAUCCUCGUGUCUGUGUUUACUAUUCUUGGAGCAACUUUGGAUCGGUUUUUCGCCAUGGUCUUCCCAUUACGCAAGAUCAUGACAAGCUGUGUUGGAAAAACAAUCGUGGUUUGUAUCUGGCUCGUCGCUGGAAUUCUUCGUUUGCCGUAUGCCAUCUCAGCCGUGUUGAAAAACAAUGGCUACUACUUUUCUUGCUCGGGAAAUCUCAAACGAAUCUUUGGGAAACACACAGAGCUUUACCACAGCGUUUUGCUUGCAAUUUAUUGUACUCUUUUAGUAACAACGAUCGUUCUUUAUUCUGUAACAAUAUUGAAACUGAAAGGAAAUGAUCCACCAGUACUUUGUAAUGAUGCAGCACGUGCUAAAAGAGCACAAGCAUCCAAAAAGCUGCUGAACAUGUUGAUUGUAAUCCUAGUCUGUUUCAUAUUGUGUUGGUUUAUGUAUUUUUUUGCUUUGAGUAUCUUACCUCGACCGCUGUCUUGUGAAACAAUGUUUUUUCGCUUCUUCCUCGCACACAGCAACAGCGCACUAAACCCAUGUAUUUUGGCUGUUUUUGAUUUUCGCUACAGAAGAGGCUACAAAACAAUUCUUAACAAGAUUGCUCCUUGUUUUAAGGUUAUCGAGUACACAGAUAGUGUCCCCGAAGCUUCUGUGAGUACCAUUAAAACGCGUACUAAUUGCAGACUUGCAAAUUCCAGGGUGUAGUAUUUUAGUUUGAUCCGAUUCAGGCACAUCUUAAAAAUAAAAUUAUUAUUUUACUACGAAACUGAAAUCUACUAUUACAACUUGUACAUAAACGUAAUCACUAAUCAAUAAUGGUAACGUCUAUAGAUACGCUGUGAUUUGAUUGCUGAGUAAAUGGUUUGGUGAACCAAUAAGGUUUUUCCAUGCCUUAAUCAUUAUACAUUCAAAUAUCAGCACAUUUUACGAAAGUCGAAGAUUCUUUUAUCCUGAUAAUAGGUGCAUUUGAUGGACUUAAUCUACUCUGUUGCACCUAACAUUGUUAGUGUUUUUUUUUUCAAUUUUA